AGAGCUUUGCUGUGAGCUCCAAUCUUACGAAACAUCAACAAAUCCACACUGGGGAGAAACCGUAUAAAUGCUUAGAGUGUGGAAAGCCCUUUGCUCAAAAGACACAUCUUAAUGCCCAUCAACAAAUCCACACGGUGGAGAAACCGUAUAAAUGCUUGGCGUGAGACCUUUGCUAAAAAGACACAUCUUAAUGCCCAUCAACAAAUCCACACUGGGGAGAAACCGUAUAAAUGCUUGGAGUGUGGAAAGAGCUUUGCUCUCAGUUCACGCCUUACUAUCCAUCAAAGAAUCCACACUGGGGAGAAACCAUAUAAAUGCUUGGACUGUGGAAAGAGCUUUGCUCAGAGUUCAUCUCUUACUGUCCACCAACAAAUCCACACUGGGAAGAAACCAUUUAAAUGCUUGGAAUGUGCAAAGAGCUUUGCUCAAAAGGCACAUCUUAGUGCCCAUCAACAAAUCCACACUGGGGAGAAACCGUACAAAUGCUUAGAGUGUGGAAAGAGCUUUGCUCAAAAUUCAGGUCUUAGUAACCAUCAACGAACCCACACUGAGUUGAAACCAUAUAAAUGUUUGGAGUGUGGAAAGACCUUUGCUCAAAAGACGUAUCUUAAGCGGCACCAAAGUAUUCACAGAGGAGAGAAAUCAUAAAUGCUAAGACAUGUGUUGCAUCAAAGAAUUCACAGAAGAGAGAAAACAUACAAAUAUUGCCAUGUUUGCAAGAUGUUAGACUCAAGCCGAACCUUUCCAAGUAUCAUCACUGAGAGUCUUUCUGCUAAACCAGUCUUGUAAUCUACAUGUUUGAACUACUCUUGGUUAAUGCAUGUUCAAUUCUCAGCUACAAUAUUUGGAAUAAAGUUUGCAGGCAAUUUUAA